AUGGGAAAUUCGAAGUCGAAAAAGGCGCAGAAGGAGCCCGAUAAAUUUUUCGAUCGCGCUCGUUGGAAGGAACAGCGGAAUGAGGAGAAAAAGAAAAGAGUGGCCAAUCCGAUGAAUAAACGGAUAGCAGCGAAGGAGCCAGCGAUCAACCCGGCAGCGGCUCUUAAUGGUCCCUCGUUGGGGACUCCCCCGUUGCCAGCGCCUUCCCAAGUGCGGACUUACGACGAAGAAGCUUUAGACCGAAUGCGGUAUCAGUUGAAUCAUGACUCAGACGCUUUUUUGUUAAACAAUAUUCUACUAUCGAUACAGUUUUUUGAAAAUUUCGAACGAGAGGUCCAGUUCGUGAAGAACAAUCCAAUCAGUGAACGCCAACACAUAAUGGAUGCAGCUAUGGUACGACGUCACAAGCACGUGUUCUUUGCUGAUAGACUUCAAGAAUGUGUUCAAGAGUACGUAUGUUACCAAAAACAGCGCGACCACUUGCAACCACUGGCUGCUCCAAGACUGUUUAUUAUUUAUGACAAUGUAGAGGCUAGUGAACCCGGCGACACUUCAGAUUACUGUGCUGUACUUGAUGCUCCAUUUUAUAAACUCCGAAUCGAAGAAAGUAAAGAACCAGGAUACGUGAAACUUAAAAAAUUAGAAGUACUCGAAAGUACACUGUCGAAAGAAACAGAUCUGGCAAAUACGAGAUCUCACCUAAACUCCGAUGAUAGCUUAUAUACAGAUUCGGAAAAAGAGUCGAACGCAUCCGAUGUCCCUUAUCCAAAGCUCUUUGUUCCAUCUGAAAACAAGAGAAGCGUGUCUCCCGAUAGAUAUGUAACAAACAAAGCUCGAAAAAGUCAAGUUGUGAUUACAGAAAAUAGGAACAGAUACAAAUCUAAUAAAGAGCAAAAUUCAGAUGUUAACAAGGAUCAGCAAACGGAGGCUGAAAUUAAACCAAGGAAAUCAAUAUUGAAAAUGUCUAAUUACGAGAACAAGAUUGAAAAUAACAGUUUCCCAAUAGAACACUCAAAUCCCGCAGAAGACACUGAAACAUCCGGAUAUCGAUCGAAUUCUAGCCGUCAAACAGAAUCCAGUGAAACAGAAUCUGAUUAUGGUUACACUACUAUCACUGAAUCGACAACUCCGAAGAAAAUCGAAUUGAGUUUACAAAGCAAAGAUUCGGCCUCGACGGGAGCUUUACCAGAUGAAUGUUGGAUUUCUCUCAAGGAAAAGGCCUUUGAUUGGAGCGACGAAGAAGAUGAGGAAGCUGAUACAGCAUCAAAGCUAUCUUUGAACAAAACUCUUUUCGAAACUCAUCACUAUCUAAACUCCAUAACAUUUAUGGACGACUUUGUAGAUAACUUCAUUGUUGGCCUUGGCUCAGGUUUAGGCUUUCAACAAGAAGCAAUAAAAAAUGCCUUAACACAAGGUGCAAGUAUAUACUGUGAUGGUAUUAGAAAUGGUUCUAAUACAAGUUAUGAACUAUUUCCAGCUUUAUUGGCAGCCUGGCCAAACGCAGCAAAUCAAUGGAUUAUACGAGAAAGGAAAAUAAUACAAAAUCCUCGGACUAAUUUCAGUUACCAAUGGCCAACGAAAUACAUGGUUAGUAAAGCCAUUGGAUUUGGUUGUUUAUUAGUUCCAGUUGGGUUCCGUCCAAAACGAGGUUUAAAUCCGGAUCAAAAAUUACAAUGGAGAAUUAUAUUCCCAGCGGCGGAAAGAUAUUUGGAGAGCUGUUUAGCUCACUCACAUAUGAGAUGUUAUCUGUUUAUGCUUGCUUUACAUAAAACUUUUAUGGAAAACGACACCUCUAAGAUAGGUAUCGAUGCAAGUCAUAUAAAAAAUCAUUUGUUUUGGCAAUGCGAAGACAAUUACGCCAAAUGGCCAGAAGACAGACUAGGAGAGACACUAAGGUUGUUUUUGCGCAGUUUCUACGUACAUUUCGGAAGAUCACGACUUCCCAACUACUUUAUAGAAAACUGCAACGAAUUCAAAAGCGUACCUAAGCCAUUGUUAUUGAAAGUACAACGCAAACUAGCUGAUAUCCUAGAGGCUCCAGUGAUGCAUUUACUUUAUGCUUUAAAUAAGCUAAAAUAUAUGAAGAAAGAUUUUUAUCCGGUAUUUAAUUGCCACCGACUGUAUGAAAUCUUAACCUGUAAAAAUCCACUGCGCAUCAUGAACCCCUAUUUGCCAGUUAACCCUAUUACUUACGAUGACUCUUCUGAUAGCGAAGAUGAAAACAUCAAUAGUAUUUGGGACAAAGCAAAGAUGCACGACAAGCACUACCAAUGGAAGAAAGAAAGACAACGCCAAAUAAAAGAAAGAAGAAAAGCAACGAUUAAUAUGAAGAAGCCCAAAGAAAAGGGAAAGGAAAGUUCCCAGAAUAAAGAAAUAAAUAAAAAUAUUAUUUUGCCGACUAAAAUGGACACUGACCGAAGGCGCAUAGUAUUAGAAUUUUUUAUUUCCCACUUUAUUGCAAUGGCUCGUUCGAGUGAAAAAUUCGACGCUAUUCGACAAGCGGUCAUUUACUUGGAGCAAGCUAAACGGCUGUGUAUUUUAUUAAAAGAAGAACCUGCGGGCGAGGCGUCGGCGCAGGAUUAUGUACAUAUUAUUCGUGAUAAAUUAGGUGACUGUCAAAGAAAAUUAGCUAACCAAGUGGGUUAUAAAGUGUCAAUGAGAGAGCAAGAACGUUCCGUUCACGCUAAUAUGAUACGCAAACAUCGCCCUAGAUAUGAACACAUAAUAAACAGUCAAGAUUCACCUACAGAAAAUUCUGGUAUAGCACCUUUCACUUUUGUGGACGUCCACGUUGAUAACAAUAAUUCUAAGCGCUCGGAGUCCACGAAAUUUGUUGAUAUAGAUGGGGAAGAGUCGAAGUUAUAG